AUGGAGGAAACGGCUUUCACAGAGCCGCAAGCGGGCCCCCCUGUACUUCUGCAGAACAGUGAACACCGUGACCUUCUUGAUAUCGUCGACAAGCUUCGCUCUACAGGCAUAGGCCGCUUCAUUGAUCUGCCUCAAAUCAUCAUAUGUGGCGAUCAGUCCUCUGGGAAGAGUUCCACCCUGGAAGCCAUUUCAGGCAUGUCUUUCCCGACAAAGGACACUCUCUGUACCCGAUUCGCAACGGAACUUAUUCUUCGCCGAAGUACUACGGUCGGUGUCAAAGUUUGCAUCAUCCCGAGUCCUGAACGGUCCGAGAUAGAGAAGGAAGAGAUAGGGAAGUUUUCUGUCGCCCUGAAAGACCUGGAUAUCGGUCAUGUCAUCGAAAGCGCAAAGGCCGUGAUGGGAGUAAAUGGCACUGAAAAGGUCUUCAGUUCCGACAUCCUCCGGGUCGAAAUUUCAGGACCGGAGCAGCCUCAUUUGACACUGGUGGAUCUCCCAGGACUGUUUUCUGCUGCGAACAAGGAUCAGUCUGACGAGGACGCAAAAAUGGUUGAAUCUCUUGUGAUGUCGUACAUGGAGAAGCCUCGAAGCGUUAUUUGCGCGGUGGUGUCCGCUAAAAACGAGUUCGCGCUUCAAUCUGUUACCCGACUUGCUCGCAAAGUUGAUCCAAACGGCCAACGUACACUUGGCCUCAUCACAAAACCAGACACACUGGAUGAAGGUUCAGAAAGCGAACAGUACUAUGUCCAUCUCGCCCAGAACAAGGAUGUUACGUUCCGCCUUGGAUGGCAUGUCUUGAAGAAUAGGGACUUCAACUCUCGGAAUGCCACUACCGCAGAACGAGACAGGUCUGAGGCCAAUUUUUUUUCCCGAGGCGUCUGGACUUCUCUGGCACCAUCUCAACGUGGAAAGGAUGCCCUUCUGGUCCGGCUCGGCGCGAUUCUCCGAAAUCUUAUCCUUCAGCAGCUUCCUAGCGUUCUGGAAGAUGUCGAAAUCGAAGCGAAACAAUGCCAAGAUACACUGGACAAACUGGGUGUAGGACGAGAAACACUAGCUGAUCAGCGGCGUUAUCUGCUCAACAUCGGCCAACGUUUCUACAACCUGAUCAAGGCUAUUGUAGACGGAGUGUACACCGAUCCAUUCCUUUCAGACGUCACAGCUCAGGGCGUAUACGAAAGGCGCCUUCGCGCAGUGGUGCAAAACGCAUUGUCGGACUUUUCGGAGGAGAUGUACUCGGAAGGCCAUUCUCAAACCAUUGUCGAGAACACAUCCCCCGAUAAGCCACGCGAAAUAUCCCGCGAUGACUAUAUCGACGAGGUACAGAUACUCAUGAGAAAGAGCAGAGGUCGCGAACUGCCUGGCACAUUCAAUCCCCUGGUCGUUGAGGAACUCUUCUCAAAGCAAUGCAAGCCAUGGAGGGCCUUGAUUUACAAGCUUGUUGGUCGGAUCUUCGAGGCAGCGUUCUCCGCAGUGAGCGUUACCCUGAAGCAUAUCACCGACAUACAUACUGCGGAAAAGCUUCUCACAAGGAUAAUCAACCCAUCAUUCGAUGGCCUGAAGAACGAGUUGAAUACGAAAGUGGACGAGAUUUUGGACCCUCACCUUUGUGGUCAUCCGACUACGUACAACCACUACCUGAUCGACACUGUCCAAAAGGUUCAGGCUGAGCGUCGCACAGCGGCGUUGGAGAAACGGCUUUCGGCUUAUUUCAACGACAGCGGAGCAUUCCAUAAGCAUGGAAUAGAAUACUAUCAUGUCAAUAUAAAAAGUUUAGUCCAAAUGCUCUCCGAUCACACGGAGGUGAACAUGGAUAAAUUCUCUUGCUCUCUUGCUACUGAUAUGAUGGAAGCGUACUACAAAGUUGCUCGCAAAACAGUUGUCGACGAAGUCAGCGUUCUUGCAAUUGAGCGAUGCCUUCUGCAGAAGUUGCCUGAGUUGAUAUCUGCUCACAUCAUUUGCGACAUGGACGAUGAUGAGAUACAACAUAUUGCUUCCGAGAACCAAGAUUCCGCACAAGAAAGGGCACGUGCGACCACGAAACUUGGGAUCCUCGAGUCGGGUCUCAUCGAGUUGAAGCGUGUGAACAAGUACCACGUUGCGGGAAACCAGUUAUUGCGUGAUCGGUCUGCUUUUCACUUCUUGGAGAAGACAAGCACGCAGUCCGCUUUGAAAGGGAAAGAGGAAACUCCUUCCCUUCAAGAAUGUGAGAGUCCUAACCUCUGUUCACCCUCUCGAGCUAUAUCGGAGCAGGAGCGUGAUUAA